GUUCAAUCGCGCACAAUCAGCGACUGGUAGCGCCUUGAUAAGAGCCGGCACAAUUGUGAGACAUACUCAUUGGCCAAGUACAUCGAAAGUGAUAAAUUUGCAAUUAUGGUUGAUCUAAUUCAGAAAGGUGCUCUAUUCCUGAUGAGCCAGAAGUGCUACGAUAACUACUUCUUGGAUCACAAUUUCCUCGAUGUGCCGUGCUUCAAGGCGCUGCUGAGCAAAGGUCUCGGCAUUGGCAUUAUUGCCGGUUCGGUGCUGGUCAAAGUGCCGCAGUUGCUAAAAAUUCUUAAUAACAAGUCCGGCGAUGGCAUCAAUUUGUUUGGCGUAAUGCUCGACCUUUUGGCCAUAACAUUCCAUAUGUCGUACAAUUUUAUGAACGGUUAUCCCUUCAGCUCCUGGGGCGACAACACAUUUCUGGCCCUUCAAACAGUUGCCAUUGCUGCCCUGGUGCUCUUCUUUGGCGGACGUAAGCCUCAUGCUUUCUUCUUUCUGCUCGCCUAUGCGGGUCUGCUGUACGUGCUCAACUCGGGCCUGACGCCCAUGAAGGCCCUGCUUACCAUACAGAGCUGCAACAUUCCCAUUCUCUUGGUUGGCACCUCUCAAGCACUGACCAACUAUAGAGCCGGUUCUACGGGUCAGUUGUCGGCGGCGACAGUGAUCAUGAUAUUUGCCGGAUCGCUGGCACGCAUCUUUACCUCCAUUCAGGAGACGGGCGAUCAGAUGAUCAUCAUUACAUUCUGCGCCUCCACAUUUGCCAAUGGUGUGAUUGUCGCCCAGCUGCUUUAUUACUGGAACAAGCCAGUGCCAGGAGCAGGUGCCAAAAAGGAUGCUGUCAAGGCCAAGAAACCCAAGAGCAAGAAGGAUGACUAAGGGAUUGUGUAUUAGCUUUUAAGACAACGUUUUCUCGACAUUAUAGAACAAAUAUCAAGACACUUAUUAAAUGUAUGCCUAG